UUCAUUUGUGUGCAUCAUUGGCGCGAGUUGCUCGGGUUUGUUAUUUAUUAUGACACAGUGACAGUAGAAAUUAAUAAUUUUAUUUAAAGUCAUUUAGAAACAAUAACACGUGGAAUCACUCGCUGUCAAUGUGCAACUUUAUCAGCUGAAGUGACAAUGAAGUUCCGAUCGAAGAUAAAUGACGUGGGAUGUCUCAAUCAUUUCACACGUAGGUGUGGUGAAUACCAUUACAAAACUCACAAAGACUUGUGUUGUGCGACUUACUGUCGACAACAUUUUCUUCGUCCUUUCUGGAAAAGUUGCCAAUGGAGGAGUCAGCAUGUGGUGCGAGUUACUGCAGGGUAAUUUUUUUGAUGAAUAUCAACUGGAAGGUGUGUCAGAAGACGCUAAUGAAAUAUGUUUGGAAAUAAAUCCAGAGAACCUAUUCCGAGCUUUAAAAACUGCACAGAAUGCCAAGUCUGUCAAAAUAAAACUGACAAAGAAGCACUGUCCAUGCCUUACUCUAGCUGCAGAAUUGCCUUCGCUCUCAUCCAUUAGUCGCGUUGUCACCCAUGACAUCCCAGUGGACGUUAUACCCAGGAGGCUUUGGCAUGACUUUAAAGAGCCCAGUAUGCCGGACUUUGACGUUAGCAUUUAUUUACCCCCUCUGAAGACUAUGAAGAGUGUGGUAGACAGAAUGAAGAACCUCUCCAACUAUUUGGUAGUAGAGGCUAACCUAAAUGGCGAAAUGAACUUAAAGAUUGAAACAGAUCUCGUGUCUGUGACAACACACUUCAAAGAUCUUGGCAAUCCUCCAUGGGGCGCCUCACAGUCUCAGAGUCAGAGCAGAGAUGUCGAGACCAUGGCACAUGCACGAGUGGAUAUUAGGAAACUUCAGCAAUUCCUUAUGGGGCAGCAGGUCAACCCGACUAAGUCCAUGUGCAAUAUUGUUGACAAGAGGAUUAUUCAUUUGAUUCUCCUUCAGGAGGAUGUGUCUCUUCAGUACUUCAUCCCAGCUGUGGUGUAGUGGGAAUUUUUUUAUUUAUUUACAUUUACUUUCCACACUGAUGGAAUGUUCAUUACUGAUAAAAUGCAUUUCUUCCCUGAUGAAAUGUUUCCCUGCCAACACGGGGUGUUUUGCAACUAGUACAGAGAACAAGUGAUUGAUUUUCAGGUAAAAGUCAUAAGGGAGUUCUUAGAUUUUCUCGUUUUUAAUCAAUAUUUACUUUCAUUUAAAAUGUUACUCUGGAAUACAUUUUGUACACUGCUCCACAAUACACAGUUUAAACAUAGGUUUGUGUAACAUUUUGUAAAGUUGAGAUGCAAUUGCUUGUUUUGCAAUAAAAUAAAA